AUGAUUUUUAAUCGAAGAAUCUGGAAAGUUGUAUUUCAUCCAACACCUCGUUUUUGUUUCUUUUAACCUCCAUAAUUUGAUGUUAAUAAGGAUUACUACAAAAUAUUAAAUUGUUCACCUACAGAUCAGGAACAAAAAAUAAAAUAAGAAUAUUAUAAAUUAGCAAAAUAAUAUCAUCCUGACAUUAAUAAAGGAAAUGAAGAGAAGUUUAAAUAAAUCAAUGAAGCCUGGGAUGUACUUAAUUUAAUAUAUAAUUAGGUUCUAUCUGAUAAACAUAAAAAAUAAUAAUAUGAUUCAGCAAGAUCCUAUACUAAUAUUAAUAAUGAAACUAAUUUUCGAGCAAACUAGGAACAUGGACAACAAUAAAAUUAUGAAGAAUUUAUAAGAAAGUAAGGUCCAAAUGGGUUUUAUCAAUAAUAUACAUAUAGAAGUAAUUAUUAAUAUUUAUAGAAGGCAACAGUAAUUCCUAAUAAUUUUCCAAAUAAUAAAUGGAAGAAAUGUAAAGAUAAGCUUAAUAAUUUAUGAAUAUGUUUUAAAAUGGACAAUUCACAUAGUUCUCUUAGGCAUUUCGAUAAGCCACAAAAGAUGAUCCUAAAUUUAAUAGAGUUCAUACAUUUAUGAAUCUGGCUGAAAUGGCAGGUAAAUUCUAUGAAGAAAGACAGAGAUCAUAAAUGGAAAAUGAAAUAAAAAGAUAACAAAAUGUUUAAUCAUUUGCAAAUAAAGAAGAGAAACUUAAAGAUAGUUUAAACAAUAUAAAAAGUGGUAUUAAGGGAAUAUGGGAUUAAUUUACUAAAAAAUGA